CCAGACAUUGGUAAUUGACCAAUCAUUGGAGGUUGUCCAGGCAUUGGUUGUCCAGGCAUUGGUGACUGACCAACCAUUGGAGGUUGUCCAGCCAUUGGUGACUGACCAACCAUUGGAGGUUGUCCAGGCAUUGGUGAAAAUCCGGUCAUUGGUGACUGACCAGGCAUUGGAGGUUGUCCAGGCAUUGGUGAAAGACCGGUCAUUGGAGGUUGUUGUUGCAAUCUUUGCUGUUGCUGAUUCAUCAUUUGGGGUGUCGUUUGAUUUGGCUGACCAGGCAUUGGAGGCAUACUUGGAGUUCUUUGUUGAUUAG